UGCGCAGAGUACGAUUACUCGUGGAAACUCGUGCUACAAAGUGAUGAAUGAAGCCGUUACGUGGCAAGAAGCUGCAAACUCGUGCCAACGCAUGAACGCACAUCUAGUCACCAUUGACGAUGAUGAUGAACGCGUUUACCUGACCAAGUUAACGCAAGCACUCGUCCCUUUAUCGUCGUUCUGGUCUGACGCUGAAUGUUCACCUGUUUCCGCUGGUUUAAGUUUUAGUUGUGACGCUUUGAUUGGUUAUGUGUGCGAAAGUGAUGUCUCCGAGUAUAACCAUUUCAAGAAGUUUGGAUCUGACAAAUCACCACUAGAGGGCUCACUUCUAUCGUCAAAGACAGCAAUCAGUUCUGGGGCAUGUAGUUUGCAUUGUGAACGGUCUGCAAUCUGCAAUUCUUUCUCGUACAAUUCGGAAACUCAUGAAUGCAAGAUGAGUAGUGAGAGAACCGACUCAAAUGCCGUUUCAGAGAACGGUUUUGAUUUGUUCAUAUUACAGACGACAUACAAGGAAUGUCAAAUGCAUCUUGGAUGAAUUUAAAAACUGUGUAUUUGUAUAGUACAUUAUAAUCGUGUUUUUCGUUCAUCAUGAGAAUAUUUCCCGCACGAUUAAAAUCGUAACGGUUCUCUGGGUUUGGCCUACAGAAGCUCGUGCUUCGUACAGGUCAUUCCAUUCAUAUAAAAAGCCUUUUUAAUGAAGAAAGUGUACCUCUCAUUAGCCAUACGGUAUAGUAGCUUAGGUCCAUACAUAACUCCUGCUAUAUAAAAUUUUUAAGAUUGAAAAGUGUUAGUCUUGUGACAUAUGUCCACGUUUUAAUUGGUAUUCACUUGUUAAUAUUAUUAAUUUUAAUUAUAUUAUUUAUAUUUAAAUAAUGUAUUGUUUAAGUAUGAAUUACUAGUCCGUGUUAAAUUAAUUUAUUAAAAUUGUAUAUUUAAAUAAUAUAGUAUAGGCAUAGCCUAUGCCUAAGAUUUAGUGUGUGUAGGCCUAGUGUAUGAAAUUAUUAAUAAAUAUUAUGAAUAAAAAAUAACGCAAAAUGUGAAAGAAUAAAGGAAGAAGGAAGAAUAAGUAAGAAACUCGGAGCGGCUGAAAUAUUUUCCGAAAAUAUACAAUAAUAGUCAAUAUAUCUGCAUUACAUUUUUGUAACGAUUUUAGGCACUAAUCAUCAGAGGUCUUGGUGCCACAGCCUACACGUUUUAUAAUUCAACAUCGAAUCGGACCUUACAUGAUAUCCAAAAUCUAUUUAUAUGAAAUACAGAAUAGUACUAGAAGUAAGUAUAAAUGUAUGAUCGUGAACAUAAUCAUGCCGGGUUAAGCGGUAGUGAA